CACGCUGCUGCUCCUCCUAGUCGUCAUCAAUUUCACAGAUGCUCGCGGCUGCCUCUUUUGCGCACGGCUGGACGCUCAUCCAGCGUUGAUCUUACACGCUCUCAACCCCCUCACUCCUUGUCCAACCCUUUCCUUCGCCGUUGCCGUGAGCCUCACCGUCUCCAUUCCCUUCUACCGGUCCAGUUCGCGCUGCAACUGUUAUUCCCAGCACGUGCGACUGUUUCACCUUGCCAGCUCCCCACUAAGCAAGUGCCCCAACCUGGAACAUAAGAGCGUCGACUUCUACUGCCCCCCUCGCCACCCUUCAUUAUCAUCAAGAUGCAACUGUCUUUCGCUUUGGCCCUUGCAGGCGCUGGUGCGGUCGCGGUCUCCGCGCAGAACUUGACUACCUACUCGAUGCUGGCGCCAGCGACCACACCACGAAUCUUGUCCACCGACACGGCUUUCACGCCACCUGUCACCUCCUCGGCAUCUGGCACCAUCCCCACGCCACAAGCCACGGUCAAGUCGUUUGACUGGAGCUCCGCUGCAUCAGCAGCCGCCACGUCGGCUGCAAACCGAACCGCGUCCUCCAACUUCACCCUGCCAUCUGCUACGGCCACCGCACCUUGGGUGGCCAACCUUGUGGUCCAGCAAUCCAAUCCUUACGUUUUCCAACAGCUCGACACGACUGACCUUCCCACUCUCAACUGGAACCUGGCCAACGAGACGGUGAUCAACCGUGAAGCUAUUUGUGCGCAGCAGACCAAGUUUUGUGCCACCGCUGGAUGCGCAGAGGAAGGUGCGGUGAUCAAGGAGAACUUCUGCGAUGUGCAGAAUCUCGGCACUCGCUGCACUUGCGACAAGGGGGCCACCAACCUGUCUCAGUACAAGUGGCCCGUCCAAUUUGCGGACUGUCUCAACAGAGCGACUGCUUGCGGCGAUGCUUGCGCAUUGCCCGGCGGAACGACGGCGGCGAGGACAGCGUGCAAGAAGGCUUGCCAGAGCAACUUCCGCGAGACUUGCGGUCUGCCCGGACAGUACAGCGCCAACUACGCCGUCAACAAGCAGGGAGACAAGCCCAACCUCAAGAUGAUUCAAGGUGGAUCGGCUGGCGACUCUGCCAAUGCCGUCCGUACCAGCGUCGCCACAUUGUUCGCAGCUGCCGCCGUCGUCGCUGUCGUGCUGGCAGCAUGAAAGGCGCGACCUUCGCCCCGUAGUCAUCUCAUCACUUUCUCGUCACCUCAUCUUUGCACCUGAAUCGUCCUUGGCAAGGCGGUGUCGGGCUCAUCGCAUCUCCAACGCUGUUCACUCGAUAUCACGCUCGCUUGUACCGAGCACCUUCUGUUCGCCUACUCUUGAUACCGCAUCCACUUCUUUUUAGCACGCACUCCCUGCUCACUCUAACCUCUUUGUCGUCCUUUUUAUUGUACCGCCUGCUUCGUCAUAUUUGGACGACACGGACUCAUUCGAUGCGCCUCUCGAUGUGCGCUUGCUGCUCCGUGAAUCUCAUGCACAUUCUGCAUCGACCAGUAAUUGGAUCGAGCUACGCGCUGCGAUGAAUAGAGCUCGUGGGGGCCCGAUGAUCAUAGCCUGUCC